CAGCAUUGCAUACUCACUCACAUUAUUCAUCAUGGCCGAGAACACACAGCAGACCGAGCCAUCGCAAGUGGCGGGGCAGAUCAAGAACGCACAGGGCGCUGUGUACAGUGCCGUCGGCUCUGUGCUCCCCGCCGCAACGGGCGACCAGUGGGUGGCCGAUGGCACCGCGCUUCAGAAGGAAGGUCAAGCCGAAGUUCAGGCAGCCAAGGACAAAGCAGCCGCCGACGCGACGGUCGACGCGACCAAGGCCAAGGCUAAAUCCGCGUGGGGAUAUGUGACGGGAAACCAGGAGUUGCAGACGGAAGGGAAUGUCGAGAAUGAGGGCGCGCAGUGGAAGUACAAACAAGCGACGAGCGAUAAGGUGGUGGAUGUGCCUGUGCCUUCGGUCGAGGGGGUCAAGGGGAAGCUUGAAAGCGUGGCGGGCAUGGUGACGGGAGACCAGGGGAAGCAGAUGGAGGGAAAUGCGCGCGCUGAGAAGGCAGCUUGGAAGGAUGGUGUUUAGUGCGACAGAUGCAGUGCUGCUCGCUGCUCGGAGGCCUGUGCGGGACGUGCCAUCGAGGAGCUUCCUCGACUUUGGUUAGCUUACGCCUUGCCUCGAUGGUUGAUUGUGUCACCAGUCACCAUCUGUCGGCGUAGGUUAGUCGAUGCUUGGUGCUUGUCGAUCGCGUUCGUUGCCAGCGGCAAGUCACCCAAGCCUCAGAGCUCAUCACGACGUAUUGAUGUUGUUGACACGAUGAAGACCACGGAGAUGACG